GAGAAACAUGAGGUUGUUGAGGGGAAGGUAGACUGGAAGGGAAGACCAGCUCAGAGACACAAGCAUGGAGGAACCAGGACGUCUUACUUCAUACUAGGUGCAGUCGGGCUUGCCUGUGAAAACAUGGCCACUGUUGCGCUGGCAGUGAACUUGGUGACUUAUUUCAACGGGAUUAUGCACAUGGAAGUGGCAGAAGCAGCAAAUCAGCUGACAAACUACAUGGGGGCUAGCAACAUCAUGGCCAUUCUAUUCGCUAUCCUCGCCGAUACUUACAUUGGCAGACUCAGAGCUGUCAUCUUUUCAGCUUGCCUCGAGAUGCUGGGACUAGCAUUGCUAGCUAUCCAAGCCCAUCAUCCCAAGAUGAAGCCACCCACAUGUAAUGUAUUCAACCCAGCUGAUCAUUGUGAGAAAGUCGAAGGUGGAAAUGCUGCAUAUCUCUAUGCCUCUCUCUACUUGCUCGCCGCUGGAUCAGCAGGGCUCAAAGCAUCAUUACCGGCACAUGGUGCUGAUCAAUUUGACGAGAAAGACCCAAAAGAAGCAAGGCAGAGGUCUGGCUUCUUCAACUAUCUGUUGCUGGCAGCGUGUACUGGCGGUGCAAUCAGCUUAACACUCCUUGUUUGGAUCCAAGACCACAGAGGAUGGGACAUAGGUUUUGGGUUUGGUUGCAUAGGCGUUGCUUUCGGCAUACUCUUGAUAUUGAUCGGCCUGCCUUGGUACCGGAUUCAACUAAUUGAAGGAUCGACCGCCCUUACCGAGAUCGUUCAGGUUUAUGUUGCAGCCUACAGGAACAGAAAGCUUCAACUUCCAGAAGACCCUUCAGAUCUCUAUGAGAUAAGCAAAGACAAGGAAGCAGCAAUGGAAGUAGAAUUUCUAGCUCACAGAGAAAUUUUCAAGUUCCUAGACAAAGCAGCUACAAAAGACUCAUCACCAGCUACUCUCCGAAAAACCCCUAAUCCAUGGAGACUAAGCAGGGUCACACAAGUAGAGAACGCCAAAAUCGUGCUGGGAAUGCUACCAAUGUUCUUCUGCACAAUCAUCAUGACCCUUUGCCUAGCUCCGCUCCAAACAUUCUCAAUCGUACAAGGGCUAACCAUGGAUCCCACAAUCACCAAAUCAAUCAAAAUCCCACCAGCUACCCUACCUGUAAUCCCAAUUCUCUUCCUAAUGAUCCUAGUCCCAAUCUACAACCAUCUAUUCGUACCUCUCAUCCGCAAGCUCACCGGCCAUCCCACCGGGAUAACGCACCUGCAACGAAUCGGAGUCGGGCUGACCCUCUCGUGCCUGUCGAUGACCGCCGCCUCGAUCAUGGAAGUGAAGCGCAAGGCGGUGGCGAGGGACCACGGGAUGCUCGACGCCUUGCCGAAGUCGCAGCCGCUACCGAUUAGCACAUUGUGGCUGUCGAUCCAGUUCUUCAUAUUCGGAGUCGCCGACAUGUUCACCUACGUCGGCCUGCUGGAGUUCUUCUACUCGGAGGCUCCCCGGGCGCUCAAGUCCAUGUCGACUUCCUUGCUGUGGAACUCCAUGGCGCUUGGUUACUUCUUGAGCACCAUAUUGGUGAAGCUCGUGAAUAGAGCGACGAAGGAUAGGACGAGGAGCGGGGGAUGGCUGGCCGGAAACAAUAUCAAUAGGAAUCAUCUGAAUCUGUUCUAUCUGCUGCUGGCGAUUUUGAGUUUGAUCAAUUUCUGCAUCUAUGUCGUCGUCGCCAGGAGGUACGAGUACCGGCCACAGUCUCCCCCGGUUGAAGCUUCUAAAGUCCGUGUGGAUUCCAAUGAGAAGGCGGCGGCGAAGAUCAAAGUGGAAAAUUGA